GUGUGGACUUUCGUCAUCUGUAUCAUUUUAAAGUUUCAUGGUUUGAAGGCCAACAUGACAGGCGUGGAUAUUGUUUAUGAUAAGAUCCACUUCGGACACGACCAGAAGUGGAGUGGCCGGCUGGGGCCUGCGGAGGGCAGCGGGCAGCUGGUGUGUGUGGCCUGUGUGGUGGAGAUGAUCGAAAGUGAAGAUAUAGCGUCUGUGAGGAAGUCUUUUGCCUUGUCUGGGAUCAGCGGGGUGCUGAAGUGUUCUCCAGGGGCUCUGAGAGAUUUGCUCAGUCAGGACCACCGAGUCUCUGUGCGCUUCACAGCUUCUCUACUGGGGAUGCUUCACACCGUGGUGGACCAGGCCACUCUGGAAAAGGUGGAUCAAGUGCUGGUUCAGCUGCUGUUGGAGCUCCAGAGCGAGCUGUCAUACCGUUUGGUUUUGGAGGAAAUACACAAACAGCUGAAUGACCAGCUCAAUAUGAAGAGUUUCCUGCCCACCUUCACCUUUUUGGGGAACCUGGUGGAAGCAGUCCCCAACGUGGCCCAGAGUCUGGUGACCCAGUAUGUUCCCCUUCUGGAGCAGCUCUGCUCAGCCUUGCUUUACCCGGAUGAAGCGCUGAAGGCUUCGGUCCUGCAUGUGUGGCUCAAACUGUUUGGGACAGCGGGGGGGUUGGCAGCCCAAUCCCUGCCCCCCGCCAUCAGGGACAGAGUGUGUGUCCUGUUGCUGCAGACACUGGCCAACGCCGGAUCCAACCAACUCAUCAACACCUGCGUUGACCUGCUGUGGCUGCUGUUGCAGAUCCAAGAGGCAGUGUCAGUUCUGAUGAGCCUCCCUGGUGAUCUGAUCCCGUACCAUGAGAACCAGAACCUCCGUACCAACAACGAGCAGAACCUGAGCCAAAACCAAGAGCAACAGUCCCCGGACCAAUCCCCUCUGCCUCUCAUUCUGAAAAAGUUGCUGAUGAGUGGAGAUGAGACGUUGCAGACGACCAGUGCGAAGUGUAUUGCAGCCGUCCUGGUUCAUUCUCCCAGUCAGUGCAGCCCUCCCUUCAUCACGGCUGAUGUACCUGAGUUUCUGUUCGACCGUCUGGCCGGUAGCAGCAGUAGUGGGCUGCUGUGGUCAGCCUACAGCUGUCUGUUGUUACUGACAUACAACCCACUCUUCUUCUCCCAGUGUCACUCUGUCUACGGCAUUGAGUCUCUGGUGCGCAGUCUGAACGAGGCUCUGCUGCUGACCAACCUGGAUGUGCCGAUACAGGGUCUGCUGCUCCUCACUGAGAUACUGGAGAGGCAGCCCCCUAGCGAGCGUCUGUUCCCUGGUGCUUCAGGAUUUGCAGCGGUUGCUGAGGCGGUGUCAGCUGGAGUCUCCUUCUCCUGUCUGAAGGUGGCCACACAGGCUGCCAGCGCCGCAUCUGCACUGUUCAGACUGAACCACCAGUCCAGACCAGUGCUUUAUGGGAAGAUAGAAGGAUUGAUUGAAGCCAUCACUAAGAGAUUCCCCGAGCUGCCACUACCCUCUCAUCCUCAUCGUGGAAUCUCUAGGAAUCUGACGAGGUCAGGCAAAGACAGCCAAGCCUCAAGAGCCGAGGGAUUUCUGCUCCAGGCGCUGAUCUGUUUUCAGGCUGCCUGCAGGCUGGCUGAGGAGUGUGCAUCAGAGCCCGUCCUGAAGGAAAACACAUUCACAGCUCCCUCUAAACAGAGCCAAUCCCAGGACUCACUGGAGUCUCUGUGCAAAUGUCUGCUGCACUGCUGCGACUCCGUCUGGAUACCCACUGUCAUUAAAAUGUGUCAGGAGGCACCCCACGCUCAGAUUCUGCAGCAAUUCUACUCCAUCCUGACCUACCAGUUCACCCUUGUUCCGUCUCUCAUUCCUGUCUUUACGAAUAAGCUAG